AUGCCGGCGGCAUCAACACGAGCUUGGGAUAAAGAGGGUCUUGAUCAGGGAUCACAUACGCUCUCUGGAGCUGCGCCGGAGGAGGUUCUCCACGACCCAGGUGUCGAGACAUGGACAUAUCGAUCCGCCAAAGCCAGGCUCAAAGUCACAUUUGUAGACAAGGAAGGGGACGAACAUACGUUUGAGGUUGCAGAGGGCGACAACCUGCUCGAUAUUGCGCAGGCCAAUGACCUGGAGAUGGAAGGCGCCUGUGGCGGUUCAUGCGCCUGUUCUACGUGCCACGUUAUAGUCGAAUCGGACGAAAUGUACGAUAAGAUCCCAGAGGCCACCGACGAUGAAAACGACAUGUUAGACCUGGCAUUCGGCCUGACGGAAACAUCGAGAUUAGGCUGCCAGGUCAAGAUGACCAAGGAACUGGACGGGUUGGUGGUGAAACUGCCGCAAAUGACACGGAACAUGCAGGCUUCGGAUUUCGAGAAGCGCAGUUGA